UAAUAAUAAUAAUAACGCAUCCUUUCUCUCUCUCUCUCUUCCACCGCUCUCUUCCUCUGUAUUACUUUCUCUCUCCAUGAAGUAAAAGCUUUUUUCUUUUUCUGUUUCUUCUUGCAAUGGUCAGACUGUGAUGGUGGUAUUGCUCUAGAACAGAAAAGAAGCGUAAAAUAAAAGAGAAAAAAUGGGUUCCUGUGCUUCUGUCCACAAAGGAACACCAGAGUCUGCUAUGAAGUUAGGAGUGUCGUUUGGGUCUAAAAAAGACAAUCUUGUGAUUCCAGAAUCACCCAUCAAAGAUAAACACGUUAAUGAUCACACUCCAAUCAAGACUUUUGAUGACCAUGGCAGCAAAGAUGAAACCUUUUUUGAUUCCCGUGCUUGGCUAGAUUCAGAUUGUGAAGAUGAUUUCUUUAGCGUCAAUGGUGAUUUUACCCCAUCCAGGGGCAAUACCCCAGUGCAUCAUAAUUUUUCCAUGGGAACCCCUAAAAUCAACAAAACUACAUUGGAGGGCAGACCUCCUACUCCUGGUUCCAUACCUGAACCAUCCCCAACAGGGAAGAAGAGGCUAUCAGAACUUUUCCGUGAGAGUUUGAGAGAAGAACAGGAAGCUGACAAACUAGAUAGUUCAAGGAUGCAGAAUAUUGGAAAUGGGAAGACAGAGGUGAAGCAAACCAUUCUUGAUGUUCUUCCAAAAUCUGCUUCUGGUACCCCUUAUAUCUCUGGAGCUAACAGUGUCUGUAGUAGUGAAAGGACUGCUAAUGGGGAUGCCUUAAUAGAGAGGGAGAAAUCAAUUAAAUCUGCACAAUGUUGCCUCCCAAGCUUGAUUUCUUGCCGUAGUUUUAGUGACAGAAAGAAGAAGAUGAGUCCGGCAAUAGCUGUAAAUGAUAAAGCAUAGUGUCUGUUACCUUUGAUAAGAUGUAAAUGGAAAUCCUUGGAUCUCAACCCCUUUUGAGGUCAGAAGUUAUGUGCAUCAACUUCACUACUGGCGGAUUAUGUAAGUAAAGUAACUUGCAUUUAUGAAUCAAGUCAAGGGCAUAUGUAAAGCAAUAUCAGUAGAGAAGAUGUAUAAUGUCAGGAAUGUAUCUCGAGGUGAAGUUUCAUGCUGACAAUAAUAGAAUUUCUUUAGUUUUAGAGGGAAAAUGAUACUAGGAAUUUUUCCUUCAUCAAGCGGAGAAAAUGACCAUAAAAAUGCCCUUGUAAUGAAGAUAUCUAUAUUUAUUAAGAAAACUGUAUCUUGUGUGCA